GAUAACCAUACACUUGCAUCUGUUGGAUUAAAUUGUGGUUCAACAUAGUUGUUGCAUCAGGCAAUGGAGAAGACGUUGCAAGUCUCAGGAAACUUGUCAUGUGAAUCAUAGCUUAGCUUCUGCUUCUGUUUGGCUGCUGAGAUCUCAAAUUUGAAGGGUUUAGUGUUUUUCAUCUCUGAUUAUGCGCUGAAGUACUAUCAUCGGUGGAGGCGGUUGAGCUUGAAUUGAUGAUAUAAUCAAAUGCAAUAUUAUGACGACGGUGCUGAACAUAUAUGUUGGACCAACUAUGGCAACAUAUUUUCUUAUAUUUAUUAUGGCAUAUUAGCGAAUAUAAGUAUAUACAUAAGGUGAAAAUAUCUGAAAGUGACAAUUUUCAGGUGGCAUUGCCUUACAAUGUUAGAGCUAAGUUUGUCUAUCAAAUUGGUCACUUUUCCACUAGUAAGAAGCAAUUUUAUGAUUGAUUGCAGUUGAUCAAAAAGCAUCAUGGUGCCAGUGCAAAUUUUCUGAGUGCAUGCUCCCAAAUGUUUGUUUUACCUCUCCCUUUUCAUUCCAGUUGGGUGACUGUAAGUUUUACCCAAUGUUUUUCUCUGUGUAUAUUUCUCCUAAAUGUGAAUCAGAUGUUCUUUUUCAUGGCAACCUUAAGGCUGGGUCCUUCUUACUUCUGUAUAUUGCAUGUGAGACAUAUUUCUGCAAGCAAUUUGUUGAUCGACAUUCUGUUGAAUUGGGUUUCUUCUGAAGUUGAUGAUGGAUAUAUUUGGUGCUGCAAAGAUUUCAGUUCUUAUAAGAAAUUGGUAUAGCACUAUUAGAGAGAUUAUGUGCGGAAGAGCAAGCAAAGCCGAUUGGUUUGCAAUCAAGGUCAACAUUCUGGGAUUAUUGUUGAACAUCUGUUCUCUAUUCAAGAGUUAGCUUAUGUCUCCUCUGAGUUGUUUCGAUUGUCUAUCAUUUUCUUCAUCCUUUCAGGGAUGAGAUUUUCCAAAAGAUUUAGCGAGAAUAAUCUGUUGAAAGCGUGGUCAAAAGUACGGGCGAUUUGGUGAUUAGCAAUUUAGCUUUGUUAUCAAUAUCUAGCAAACUUUACAGGUAUUUGUCUAAUGCUUUAUGCAUAUUUCUUUGCUAUUUUUCAUAUCUCCCGCUGUUGCAGUCAUUUUUACUUUGUGGCAAUAUGAUGAACAAGGAAAAGAGAACUUUAAUGUCUAGAUGGGUUUACCCUCGAAAGGACCAGAGGAUCAGCAAGGUUCAAAAACUAAUACAUUCUCAUGCAGUUGGGAUCCCACUUCCCUUUUUAAUUCCUCCUAAGCAGCUAUAAGGUCUUGCUGAUAGAGCUCUUGAUAGUUCAGGGGACAUUGAGUGGCCAAAGUGCUGGAAUUGCCACUCAUGUUCAUUGGAUUUUAUCAUUGCUGGAAGGUAUAACAUCAAAAUUUGUGGUGCUCGUAGUUUGGGCUGUGACUUCCAGCAACUUGUUUAACCAAGUAUUAACAAUGGGAGAAGGGGGAAAUCUAUAUGUUAUCAUAAUCCUUCUGGUCCUUUUUUAUCUAGAGCAGACAUAUCAACUGGAAUUUGACCAAUCUGUUUGGAUCCAUUCUGUGCUAAUUCUAUGUUAGUUCAGAGCAGCAUGGCCGUUUUCUCCCUGAUCUGGAACUGCUUUAAGGUAACUCGAUCCUGCUAUUCUUUUCUUCAGGGGCUUGCGACUGUUGUAUCGUGACCGGGGAGCAUCUUGUUAUAUUCGUUCGCAACCCACAUGACCUAUUUGUUGGAGACUGAUUUGGAUAUUCACAUUAUUCCAUGCUCUUGUGAGGACUAUUUAGUCGGCGUCCAUUAUGGUAAUCCCUUAAAUGAGUUUUCUUAAUUUUCUAGCUGUGAAGUUAUCGAAAUAUUCAUGCCAACUCAUUUGUCUCCGAUUUUUCAACUAGAUAUUUAGGCAGUAUUAUUAAUUUUGAGAUAUAUAAUAGAGAGGAUAAAUGUAUACUAUGCUGCUCCUUUAGAAGGCACGUUUCGGCUUUCCUUUUGAAACGCUUAAGGGGAGAUUAAACACGUGGUGGGGAGGUGUUUUCUCUUUUAUUUUUCAUCAGAUGCCUCAACGCCGGUGAAAAUUUCAGGCCAGAAUCUUUUCCGAUAGAGAAAGUGUGUGGAUAUCUGGAGCACUGCAGCAGCCAAUCAGUCCUUUCUCUGGCUAUGGCUGAUUGUAGAGGACGAAUGAUUCCCAAGGGCUGGACUGUUGUGAAUAAAGUCCAGGAUAAAUCUAAUUACUCGCAUUACCUCUGUCCUGCCACAGGGCAGCACUUCUAUACCUAUGAAGAUAUGAUGCGCUACGUGACUUAUGCUAAAUUGUGGGAGCUUUCCAUAUAUGCCCCGGACUUUGAGGCCAAAAGAAAGGGGAAACCUCGGAACAAGCAUUUGGGCAAGCAGAGCUCCAAAUCUGCAAUGAAAGAGAAACAUCCUGCUGCACCACCAAAAAAAAGAGCCCGACCCGGCCUGCUUCCUGUGAAGCCCAAUUUCUCAGCGGAUGAUGAUGAUAUGAACCUUGGCUUAACUUGUAUGACUGACAAGGAGAAUCAAGCUGGUGAAAACAGCACGGAUUCGGAUUCUGACCCAGAUGAUCUGCCUUAUGAGAAGAUAGGCAAGCAGAGCUCUAAGUCAGCAAUGGAACAGAAACAUCCUGCUGCACCUCCAAAAAAAAAAGCCCGGCCCGGCCUGUGUCCUGUGAAGCCGAAAUUCUCUGCUGAAGAUGAUGAUGAUAUGAGCCUCGGCUUAACUGGGAUGACCGACAAGGAGGACCAAGCUAGCGAAAACAGCUCGGAUUCGGAUACCGACCCUGAUGAUCCGCCUUAUGAGACAACAGGCAAGCAGAGCUCUAGGUCUGCAAUGAGACGGAAACAUCCUGUUGCACCACCAAAGAAGCAAGCCCGAUCUGACCUGCCUCCUGUGAAGCCAAAAUUCUCAGCUGAAGAUGAUGAUAUGAGCCUUGGCUUAUCUUGGAUGACCUACAAGGAGGACCAAGCUAGGGAAAACAGCUCGGAUUCAGAUUCCGACCCAGAUGAUCCGCCUUAUGAGACAGCGGCCAAGCAGAGCUUUAAAUCUUCAAUGAAACAGAAACAUCCUGCUGCACCACCAAAAAAACGAGCCCGGCCUGACCUGCUUCCUGUGAAGCCCAACUUUUCAGCUGAAGAUGAUGAUAUGAGCCUCGGCUUAACUUGGAUUAUCGACAAGGAGGACCAUGCUAGCGAAAACAGCUCAGAUUCAGAUUCCGAUCCGGAUGAUCCACCUUACGAGACAACAGCCAAGCGGAGCUUGAAAUCUGCAAUGAAACAGAAACAUCCUGCUGCACCACCAAAAAAAGGAGCCCGACCUGACCUGCUUCCUGUGAAGCCCAAACUCUCGGAUGAAGAUAAUGAUAUGAGCCUCAGCUUAACUUGGAUGGCGGACAAGGAGGAUCAAGCUAGUGAAAACAGCUCGGAUUCAGAUUCCGACUCAGAUGAUCCUCCUUAUGAGACAACGGCUAAGCGGAGAUUUAAAUCUGCAGUGAAACAGAAACAUCGUGCUGCACCACCAAAAAAAAGAGCCCGGCCUGACCUGCUUCCUGUGAAGCCCAAUUUCUCAGCCGAAUAUGAUGAUAUGAGCCCCGGCAUAACUCGGAUGACCAACAAGGAGGACCGAGCUGGCGAAAACAGCUCAGAUUCAGAUUCAGAAUCUGACCCGGAUGAUCCGCCUUAUGACCCUCGGAUUGAAGCAACAAGCAGUAGCCGGAUCCGCUCAGAACCAGACUCUCCAAAGAUCAUUCUGUACGAGAGGAGGAGCAAACUUAAGAAGCGAGUUGGCGGUCGAAAUCUCGUGAAAAUUGGGAGGCAGUAGAGUUUCUGCAGCCCAGUAUUGUAUGACUGAUGAAUCUCUGUCUCUGUUAAAUUUGAACUUUUACAAAAGAACUCUGAACGAUGUAUGGUCUGCUUCAACACCUUGAACAUUAGAAAAAUUGGAGAAGCAAAAUUUCCGAAUUUGGCAUCUUAUAUUCUGUUUGACAUUGAAGUUUUUCUGGAAUCUGAACCAUCUAUACCUUGUGGAA